AUGUCGUGGCGUGAGCUCCUUCCCCCCUGGCUGGUGAUCGCAGCGGGACUGACGGGCAUCGUGCUGCUCUGUGUCUCCACCAAAGACGUGCCCGUCGCCCCCCUCAGGACCAAGUAUGGCAUUGUUCUGGAUGCUGGCCCAGCCCACACCAUCUUCUUCAUCUACCAGUGGACCACCACCAAGGCGAGCAGGACCGGGGUGAUCAGGGAAUGCAGUUCCUGUCCUGUGCAAGGAAUCUCCAUCUACUCAGAUUCAUUAGGGAAGAGCUUGGAGCCAUGUCUGAACUGGGCCCAGAAGGAGAUCCCAGCAGAGCAGCACAGCCAAACCCCCCUGUACCUGGGAGUGACCACCAGCACGAAGCGGCUCAACCUCACCCAUCCCAUCCUCUCUGACAGGCUCCUUGAAGCCCUGACUGCGGCCCUGAAGUCAUCCCCCUUCAACUUUCAGGGGGCAAAACUCCUGUCCAGUCCAGAUAAAGAAGCAUUCAAUUGGAUUGCUGUUAACUAUGUCCUGGAGAACUUCUUCAAGUACGACUGGCGAGGACAGUUGGUCCCCUCUGGGAAGGGGGUGGCAGGAGUCCUGUCCGUGGGAGCAACCUCAACGGAGCUCACCUCCAGGGUGGAAGACAAGAAGGAGGCACCAGAAGAAGGAGUGAGGCUGCAGCUGUACGGGCAGACACACGAGGUGCACACUCACCACUGCCCCUGCCAUGGAAGGGAGCAGCUCCGCAGCAGGCUGCUCGCCGGGCUCCUUCGCGAUCAGAGAAGUGCCACCACGGUGUCUAACCCCUGCUGGCCCCUCUCCUACUCCCAGGAAGUGCAGUGGCAGUCGGUGCACACCGGGCCUUGCGCCGACACGUCGGACGUCGCCGGCCCCGAGGAGUUCUUCAACAUCACAGGCUCCAGCAACCCCAGUGCCUGCCUGAGACUGGUGCAAAGCCUGCUCAACUCCACCUCUUCCUGCAGCUUCCUCAAGCAUUCCCCCAGCAAGCCCCUCCAGACCAGGUUCCUGGUGAUUUCUGAGGCCAUGGACUUCAUGAGAGAAACUGUACCCAAUCCUGACUUGGGUCAGGCAGUCACCAGGCUUUGUGGGAUGUCCAUCAAAGAGCUGGUUAAGGAGUCCCAGACAAGCCUGGAUACACUUGCUGAUUACUGCCUCGUGUCUGCCUUCAUCUUUCACCUCAGUACAAAGGGCUACCUGGUUAACUCAGAGGGGGCUGCCUGGGCUGCAUUCCAGAAGAAGAUGGCCAGUACAUCAUCUGGCUGGACUCUUGGGUACCUGCUGAGUCUGACCAACACCAUGCCCCAGGACAGCCCAAGCUUCCUCAAGGGGAUAGAACCAGGGAUCUGGUCUUUGCUCCUCAUCCUCUUCGUCGUGCUGCUCACCGGCUCCUUCAUGCGCAUCUCGUACCGAGUGAUGGUGAAGGAAAACAGCUUCAGCAACAGGAACAGCAGUGUUUUUGAUGACAACUGA